AUGUCGACUCCUAUGCUCACCCUCUACCGCUUCGACGGCGCCUGCUCGCUCGUCCCCCACGCCAUCCUCGCCCACUUCAACAUCCCCUUCCACGCCGUCCCCAUGGUCCCAGGCCCCUCCGCCGGCGACCCCUCUGCCCCGGGCCUCGGCCUCCGCGCCGCCGACGGCUCCCUCUCGCACGCCGACUACCUCAAGAUCAACCCAACCGGCUACGUCCCGGCCCUCGCGACGGAGUCCUCCGCCGCUGUGAUCACCGAGAUGCCGGCCGUGCUGGCCUACAUCGACGCCGUGGCCCCGCACGCCCGCCUGUUCGGGGAGACCCCGGUCCAGCGCGCCCAGGUGACGGAGUGGCUGGCCUGGCUGUCUGGGACGCUGCACGCGACAGGGUUCGGUGCGCUCUGGAGGCCUGCCAGGUUCGCGGAGACGGAGGGCGCGAGGAAGGAGGUCGAGGUGAAGGGGAGGGCGAUUGUUGAUAGGUCCUUCGCUAGGAUUGAUGAGAAGUUGGUUGGGCGGGAGUUUGCUGUCGGUGAUGGGCUGACUGCGGCCGACUUCAAUCUUUAUGUGUUCUGGUUUUGGGGCAACAAGAUCGGCGUCGACAUGGCUAAGGUGUACCCCAACUACGCGCGACUGAUCAAGAUGGUGGAGAGCCUUGAGGGAGUCAAGAAGAUGCGGGAGGUUGAGCACCUUUAA